AUGAUGAGAAUGAUGAGGUCUGUUAUGAGGCUUUAUUACAUAUCAGGCUCAUCCUCUAGCAAGGAUUAUCACACCUCUAAAAGCGUAAGUUUAAGAAAUGAUGAGAAUGAUGAGGUCCGUUAUGAGGCUUUAUUACAGUAUCAGGCUCAUCCUCUAGCAAGGAUUAUCACACCUCUAAAAGCCAAGGAUUAUCACACCUCUAAAAGCGUAAGUUUAAGAAAUGAUGAGAAUGAUGAGGUCGGUUAUGAGGCUUUAUUACAGUAUCAGGCUCAUCCUCUAGCAAGGAUUAUCACACCUCUAAAAGCACGAGCAGAAGUAAAUGGAACUGGUAUAAUUGAUCCCUAUGAGUCUGGAAUCAUGGAAAUGACACCUCAUCACAGAGAAAAACGAUUGGCUUUUCUGGACAAGUUUCCCAAGAUAAACUUUAGACUUGAGGCUCCAAGUGUCGAUUGGAGAAAAAUUUUAGGAUCUAAAGAUUUAGGUGCUUCGUUUGGCGUCAUCAUGUAUAACAUGCUGGAUCUAAAAAUUGAACCAUUAAGCGGCCAUUUGAGAGUAAAUGUUCAUGACGAGGCCUAUGCUAGAAUACUUCUUGGAAUGAUUAACCAGAAGAUGGACUUCUUUGUAGCCAGACUUUGUUUUAAAGGAGGCACCCAGUACAAUCUGAAUAUUUUAAAAGAGAAUGGUAUGAAACAGAUAAUAGAAUUAGCCACUAAGUUUGACAAGAAGGUGAUGGAGAUUGUCAAUGCCAUUGAAACUGGAGUCACAUUGUUUAAAGACCUGAUUGAUGGCAAAACAAACAUUAAAGAAAUUGUUGAUGAAUUCAUAGAGGCCUUGAUGGAGUUACCUGGCAAGGUUUUGGGUCUUAGAGACAAAGCAGCCAAUGUGAUGAAAACCAUAGGUCAGCUGGAUCCGGAGGAGUUACCUCCCUUUUUAAGACCUCUCAGAAAUCUGAUUGUGAAAGUAACAACAGUGUUUAAUGAUAUUAAAACAGAUAUCAUGAACUUUUACAAUACAUUGGUUCAGACCAUCACGGUUAUAAUCCCACAGCAAGCCAAACAAAUCUAUGAAAGUAUUGUUGAUGUCAUUGAUGGUUUCACAGUCAUAUUGAAAGAUCCUAAGACAGCUUUAACUAAGAUCGGCAAAGGUGUUGUACAGAUUUUCAUGUCUAUAAAGGCCUUAUUAGAUGCAAAGAAUAAAACACAAGAAGCUUGCUUCUUUUUGAAAGAUGAGAAACCAUACUGGUGGGAUAUUACAACAGUUUUUGAAGAAAUUUUGGCUCUUUCUCAAGAAGCUGUAAAAGCAUUAGCCAAAGGUGGACCUAGCUGGGUAGCAACUAAGGUUCUUGAUGGAGAUGAUCCAGUGUCAAAAUUCACUAAAGGAAAAGUUUCAAUGAGUCAAAUAAAAGAACAGGUGAUAGAUAAUUUGACUAAUGUAAUCGAUGAACUUUUGGAACCGUUUGAUGGUCUUAAAGGAAUAGCAGAUAGAUUUAUGAAAACAUAUGAUGCAUUUUUUGGUGUAAUUAAAAAAGUGAAAGAGGCAUAUGCAAUACUGAAGGAAGGUUAUGAAUUUGGACAGUCUAUUAUAAACACACUUUUUGGACCCAAAUGCCACAAGGACUUUCCAAGAUUGUACAGAUUAGAUGCAGGGCCUUGUAAAGGAAAAGGUUUUUAUCCUUCAACAAUGGGUAAAUCUGGCCAAGCAGAAUACGCUGUAGCAGGCGUGGAUAUUGAAAUUGAUGUUGGAAAGAUAGUGGUUGCUCCUUUUCCUGGCAUUGUUUACAAGGGAAAUAACUCUGAUGAGGUUAUCAUUGAGGCGAACACAGCUGCCUUAAAGGGAAUAAAGCUAUUUGUAAACGGUGUUACUGUCAAUACGACUAUUCUGCACCCAACAGACCCUCUUUACAUUGAAAACAGGAUUGCUGCAGGAGCUCCGAUUGGUACUGCCAAACAAUCACCUUGUUAUCCAUUCAACCAUAUCCACUUUGCCAUGAUGAAAGACGAAGGAACUGUUGAUCCUACAAAGUUCCUGUCUCCAAGAUUCUUUGAGGUUCCAAAGUGGGUACAGACUUGUGAUGACUACAAAUUAGUUUAUAAGUUUGAAACUAUAGCCUCUGGAAUAAUUGUUGGACUAGGUGGAAAAAAGAAUAAAGACACCAGUCCUAAGUUAAAGAGUAAAGUGAAAGCACCUGCUAAACCACCAGCUAAACAAGACCCAGGGGAAAAGACGGAAGCCAUUAAAAGUAAACCAGAUGGAAUGUAUGCCAAAACUAAGGCUAAUCCAAAAACCUUACCUGAUGACUCAAAGAAUGGAAAGCCAGGCCCAUUUGCAGCUCUAAUGGCUAAAGCUGACAGUUUUAUGAAGAAGUUUUCUCUACGUAGACUGAAAAUGGGAACAAUUAUUGAGUUUUUAACAAAAUUGGGAAUGACAGAGAGCAGAGCGAAGUUUGUUCAAGCUCUCAAAACAUUGCAGUCCAUAAUUGACAACAAGCCAUGUUUUAACCCACAUGAGCUGACAGAUGAACAAAUCAAACAGACCCUUCAGGAAAGAGGGAAACCAAUCAGUGGAACUAGAGCUCAAAUGAUUAAAAGGAUUAUGGACCAGGAUAACCAAUGUCCGCUGAUGGCUUUCACAUUGCCAAAGAAAGUAUACUGCCUCUUCUCCAGUGACUGUAUGGCUGUGGAAUGCUGCAUGAAUGUCAAAAUAUCCAUGUUCCUCAGAGUGGUCAAAGCGUAUGCUAAUUUUAACCCAUGUACUUUCAAGUUCAGAUACGGCUUUGAUGUGUUUAAGGAUGAAAUACAGCUUCCACAAGUUGAUUUUGAUGGUAUUGAGAAAACAAUAAAUACUGGUAUUAUCUUCCCCAUUCCAGUAAUUGGGGAUCUGGAAAUUGUUGUCUUCUUGAAGAUAGAGAAGACAGACAUGGAAACUGUUAUAACAUUUGGAGGAGGUCUCUGUGAACCUGGAUUUUACCCUGACGAAGAAAAUUGUUUCGUUAUAAUCAACCUCCUGGAUCAAGCUGUUUUACCAUUGCCUAUAUGUUAUCCAGAUGGAACUUAUACAUGGCCUGACAUAAACUUUGCAACCUACUUCAACAAGGAAGCUGUGAUGGAAAGACUGAAACAGGCAGGCAAAAAGGCAGCUAAGGUGAUAGCAAGCAAUCUAGCCGAAGAAGCAUUGGCCGCUCUGGGUUUACCCGCAGAGUUACUUACUGCUACUGGACCAUGUCCUAGACCAGAAAAUAUGACAUUAGCCAUAUUGAAAGGGAAGAUGAUUGAUGCAGAUCUAAGCACUGAUGGUACAAGACUUGAUCUAAAUUCCAGAUAUGAACUGUAUGAUAGAAGCUGUUACAAUGCAGCGACAGAUAAAACCCUAAUUCUUCCUGCUAUAACUGACCCCUCCCUGAAGAAAACUCUGUACUACCAACAGUCUCCAAACUGCAUGAGAUUUGAUGCCUGUGCAGAUAUAACCAUCAAGGCUAUAGACUACACCAAAGCAUUGAAAGCCUACGUAGAACUGGAUCCCUGUAAAUUCAUCCUUUAUGCUGGUUUUGAGAAAUGGGAACGGCAGUUCAUCCUCAUUUCUUAUGAAUGGGGUAUGUUGUUAUUAUGUUGUAAUGUUGCACAGUGA